AGGUUCAUAAACUCUACCUCACCCCUACCCCCCGCCCUCUACGAGGACAAAACUCCACUCUCUGCAGGUUGGACUUGCUGAUGCAAGAUGGCGGCCGGCGUGGCGACGUGGCUGCCGUUUGCGCGGGCGGCGGCAGUGGGUUGGCUGCCGCUAGCCAAGAAGACGAUGCCCAAACCUCCGGUGGACAACUCGUCCAGAUCAGAUGAGAUCCUGUACGUCAACGUCAGCGGCGUCAGGUUUCAGACAUGGAAGAACACUCUGGAUCGUUAUCCAGACACGCUGCUGGGCUCUUCAGAAAAGGAGUUUUUCUACAACGAGGACACGCAGGAAUACUUCUUCGACCGAGACCCUGAAAUGUUCCGGCACAUUCUGAACUUUUAUCGUACCGGGAAGCUCCACUACCCUCGAAACGAGUGCAUCCAGGCCUUCGAUGAGGAGCUGGCCUUCUACGGCAUCGUGCCAGAGAUCAUCGGAGACUGUUGCAUGGAGGAAUACCGAGACAGGAAAAAGGAGAAUCAGGAGCGUCUGGCGGAGGACACGGAGGCUAACGAAGCGAUGGACGCCCCCCUCCCUCCACACAGCACCUCCAGGGAACGACUGUGGCGAGCCUUCGAGAACCCCCACACCUCCACCAUGGCGCUGGUCUUCUACUACGUCACCGGCUUCUUCAUCGCCGUCUCCGUCAUCGCCAACGUGGUGGAGACGGUCCCCUGCCGGCCUCCUAAGGGCAGCGUCAAAGACCUUCCCUGCGGGGAGAAGUACCAGCUGGCCUUCUUCUGCAUGGACACGGCCUGCGUGCUCAUCUUCACCUUUGAGUACCUGAUGCGCCUGUUCGCCGCGCCCAGCCGCUGCAAGUUCAUGCGCUCGGUGAUGUCGGUGAUCGACGUGGUGGCCAUCAUGCCCUACUACAUCGGCCUGGUGAUGCCCGAGAAUGAGGACGUGAGCGGCGCCUUCGUCACCCUCCGGGUUUUCCGCGUCUUCCGGAUCUUCAAGUUCUCGCGUCACUCUCAGGGUUUGAGGAUUUUGGGCUACACGUUGAAGAGCUGCGCCUCCGAGCUCGGCUUCCUGCUCUUCUCCCUCACCAUGGCCAUCAUCAUCUUCGCCACCGUCAUGUUCUACGCCGAGAAGGGCACCAAGGGCUCCACCUUCACCUCCAUCCCGGCCUCCUUCUGGUACACCAUCGUCACCAUGACAACGCUGGGGUACGGCGACAUGGUUCCCAACACCAUCGCGGGGAAGAUCUUCGGCUCCAUCUGCUCGCUCAGCGGCGUGCUGGUGAUCGCCCUGCCGGUGCCCGUCAUCGUGUCCAACUUCAGCCGAAUCUACCACCAGAACCAGCGAGCGGACAAGAUGAGAGCACAGCAGAAAGUGCGUUUGGCUCGGAUCCGCAUGGCGAAGAAAGGCACAGCCAACGCCUUCCUCCAGUACAAAGAAGACCGAACACUCGGGGACCGGGACAGUGACAGCACGGCUCUGUGUGUGAAGAACAGAUCAGCGUUUGAGCAUCAACACAACCACCUGCUGCACUGUCUGGAGAAGACUACGAACCACGAGUUCACAGACGAGAUAACCUACAGCGAGCUGUGUAUGACGGAGUCGGUGGGCUUCAGGACCAGUCGCAGCACCUCCCUGUCCAGCCAGCAGGGGGCACAGAACAACUCCACCGGCUGCUGCCCCCGCCGGGCCAGGAGGAGAGCCGCCAUGCGACUGGCCAACUCCACUGUGUCUGUCAGCCGGGGGAGCGUUCAGGAGCUGGACACCCUGCACAUCAAAACCACCUCCAUACCACCACAAACUCGUUCCAGUCUGAAUGCUCAGGCGGACGACCUGAAGCUGAACUGUGGCGAACAAGAUUUCACCGCCGCCAUCAUCAGCAUCCCCACGCCGCCCGCCAACACGCCCGACGAGAGCCUCCCUCCAUCGCCCGCCCCCAUCCCAGGCAUCCUGCGGAACACCCGGGCCACAGCCUACACCCAGGACACGGUCAAAAUCUCCUCCUUGUAACCCCUCCCCCCACCCCACCCACCUCCUCCCUGACCAACACCCACCCCGCCACCCCACCAGCCUCCCUCCCCGAGAACUUUAAGAAUCCCUCUGAAACUCCAAUCCUGAACCCGGAGCGCUGCUAGCUGAGAAUUCGGGGACCAAGACUAGUCAGACGGAUACGUUACGUACCGCUGCUUUCACUUCCUCUCAUCAUUUUGUGGAUUACAUGGAAUGAACCGCAAUGGAGACAAAAUGGCUGACCAGACGGGAGGCAAAACAUACAAUGAUGCAAAAUCGGCAGUCAAUGGAAGCUGGAAAAUCAAGCAAACAUCAGAGACCUUAAAAGUCUUAAGAAUCACCCUUCAUGCACAUUUUAGACCCCAAACACGCACUUGACCCCCCUGCACAAUUUUGACCUUUUAACCCCAUUGCACAAACCUCGGGGAGAGCUCAUUCUCGACCAACAUCAGAAAAGAUGCCAAGACUUCCUGUGAAAGACAUUCAGCAUCCCGAAACCAGCUGACAGGUUGGUUUUGUUGGUGUCAUUUUGCAUCCCGACUGAACAUCACACUUUACAGGAGGGAUACAAAAUGGCAGCUAAAGACCAUGGUCGUAUUUUUGAGUCUGAACCCGGCAUGAAAAGACUAAGAGGACGGUGUCGGUCUCACAGCUGAAUCUAAGAGACUGUUGGAUGAUUGGAGG